UCGUUGCUGGCGCUGACUCGGAUGACCGGCACCGGUACCGGCGAUGGCGCGGCCUUGGAGGACCGGCCCGUCCAGUUCAUGGGGCUCUGCAUGACCGCACGGCCAGACCAGGACUCUGCCGGCUUGCAGGCAUUCAAGGAGUUCCUGAGUGGCGAAGUCAACUUCCUCGCGGCGCUCAAGAACCGCGCCGCCACAUAUACUGCGCUGCUUGAAGCACUUGCCAUCCUCAGCGGAAAGUGGCUCGUCCCACUGUGGUUCCGGCUCGAUUUCAUCAUGACCGGCAACGUCUCCAGCAUCAUCAUCAUCGAACCGGAGCCGCUGGCGACGUUCUGGCAACGGCUGCACGCGAUGCUCAAGACAACGUACGUCACCUACGUGGAGCAGUUCAUUCAGGUCGUCUACGGCACGCAGUCGACCUUGGCUCCCGCUUCCUACAUCAAGUUCCUGAGGGAAGAGAGCGCAACUGUGCAGGGGGACGUGUUCGACGUGCUGAGCGUGACAGCAAGCAGCCGUCUCCCGGUUCCCCUGGACGGCAGGCUCUCGGAUCUGGCCGAGUUCGCGCCCAAGUUCACCGGCGACGCCUGGGCGGCGGCGGUGUCCAAAGUGGUGGGUUGGAGCGUCAGCGAGGAGUACGUCGUGCACGCCAGCGCGCGCCAGCUCCUGGACGCCAUGAACGAGUUGGCCAUUUCGACGUCGGCCGAGUACCUGCUCUACCACACCGUUUGGUGGUUCGUCCAGCAGAUCGGCGCCCUCACCAGCAACGCGCUGUUCGAGGCCACCCGCGUCGCCGUCGGCGAAUCGGGCAACCUGUACCAGGGACUUCUGUGCGGUGUGCAGGUGAAGACCUGGAGACCUUAGCGAGUGCCGACACAAGAUACUAGGAAAGGAACGGCAUUGCAGUAAGAUAAAGAUAUAGCGAGGGUACCCGAAAUCACCGCUGACAUGCAGCUACGGCGUCCUUGUCAAGUGCCACUCAGAUCCUAACAACUACUGGUGACACGAUGGGCUUAUCAAGAUCAGCGAGAUCAUGUAAUGCAGGUUCUUAAAGCAGGCUGAGAUAUUACAGUUUCCUUUGUCAUGAAGAGUGCCAUCUAACAAUUUGCUGCUGGGUCAGCCAAGGUCAGUCUCGAUUUCGCUUAACUUUCGCAUAGGAUGGUAGCAAUUUUCUCUCCACUGAAUCCGCAGCUCGCGCGACACGUCCUGGAUAAGGAAGUUUUAGGUCCAUGUUCAUUGUUUCAAAAGGACUUAGAUAUCGAUUCGCUUGGAAGUUCACAGGAUUAAGAGAACUUGUCUCUUCAUAGCUAAAGAUUCAAUUCACUUAGUACUCGCAAUUAAACGUGCGUGCGACGAUCAGUUUACGUAAAACCUAGGAGGGGCUAGGGGCUGUGCGCCGCUGUACAACAACAGACAGACAGUCAUGUUUGUCUCGCGGGCAUUCCAGUGGCCUUUGCAUGGUCGCGACGCCGACAGUGCUCCACGUGGUGCAACCAAAGCAAAAACUGUCUAAUGGCCAGUCCGUCGGGGAAAGGCGAUAGCGCCAAUGUUGACAGCCGGUUACAGUUCUGAAAUGGUUGUGGGGAUCGUCAAUGAUCAUUCCGCCAUUGCUCCGUUAAUUUGGCCGGCGCAGUGCGGAGGUUGAUAUACUGGUAUUGGUGCGCAAACGAAAGCA